AUUUCUUUGUGAAAAUUAAAGAUAAUGAGUUCCGGAUUUAUAACUGAAUCUGAAAUAUUGGAACAAAGACGUCGUCGCCAAGAAGAAUGGGACAAGGUUCGAACGGAAGACCAGCCCAAAGAGGCCCCAGAAGAGCCCUAUGACACCAGGCCCCUGUACCAGCGACUGGAGGAACAGAAAAUGAGGAAAGAUGCAGAGUAUGAGGAGGCUCACAAACUAAAAAACAUGAUCCGAGGGCUGGAUGACGACGAAGUAGGAUUCCUGGAUCUAGUGGAGCGCAGUAAGGCCAAGGCAGCGCAGCAGAUCUCCAUGCAGGAACAGAAAGAGAUGCAGGAGUUCAGAGAGCGCGUGUCAACAUUGGCCGAAAGUGAAGAGCUGACGAGGCUGCGCGCGCAACUGGCGCCGGCGCGCACGACGCCCGCGCAGCAACAGAGGAACAAGCUCCAAGGGGUGGUCGUCAGGAAACGUAAAGCAAGCGAGCUGGAGGCAGAGAAAGGCGCCGCGCCUCCGCCGGCCAAGAAUAACACCAAUAAUGUCACAGACAGCAUGCCUGCCACUGGCGACGAGCUGGGCGCCAUGCGGUGUGUGGGCGUACUUCCAGGGCUCCGGCACUACGGUACCGACUCUUCCAGCGACACCGGAGAAUCCAGCGACAGCGAGCCAGAGGACAAAUGCUGCAAACCCGAUCUGCUGGGCCGGCGGCCUUCCUCAGACAAACACAAGGAGAAAAAUGACGAGAGCGGAGUAACUUCGAACGAGGGUGAAUUGAGUGAAGACAGGAGUAAGAAAACUAAAAGACCCAAAGACCCCAACGUGAUAUCCGUAGACUCAGGCAGCGAGGCAGACGACGAAGAUUUCAUACGUUCCCUUCUAUCCGUACAAUACCAGGCAAAUUUCAAACUGGAACCCGCUCCUGAAGAAACUUUUGACACCUACGACUGUAUAAACCAAAACUUUUACUGGUCACAAGACUUUACCACGUUCUCCGGAAGACAGGAAACUUAUACCUUCGUUCCUGGCUCCAAAAUAAGUACCCAAUCUCCAUAUGAGUUAUUCACAUCGAUAUGGGACAGAAAUAUUAUGCAGAAAAUCGCGGAUGAAACUAAUAAGUACGCUUGGCAAACUAUUACGCCUAAAUGUAAGACCGAAGGUGGGAUUCCAAACACUUCGAGAUUGUCGCGAUGGAAAGACACUACAGUUGAGGAGCUGUAUCUAUUCUUUGCUGUUCUGAUUUUCAUGCCGUUUUGUCAUAGAGAGAAGUUAGCUGAUUACUGGUCAACUGGCAGAUUAGAGAUGUCUAACUUCAGGUCGCUUAUGAGUCGAAAUAGAUUUCAGUUGUUACUAAGAUUCUUACAUUUUGUCGAUAACGAUACGCUUUUAGUUUCAAAAGUGACUGGAAAUGAGAAAAAAAUAGCGAAAAUUAAACCUAUUAUAGAUUAUUUAAAUAUGAAGUUUAACAAUCUUUACGUGCCUGGACAGUACUUGAGUUUGAAUGAAUCUUAUCCCUUAUGGAAAGGACAGUUCAAUUUGGAGAGAAGUGUUAAGAAUCGAGAACAGUUCGGGUUUCAAUCCCAUGAGCUUUACGAAGCUAGGACAGGUUAUUUAUUGAAAUUCCUUAUAGAUACCAGUCGAGGCAAUGAUGAGAGAUCUCAUGCGAAAACUACUCUUAAACUCAUGCAGCAAUACUUAGACAGAGGGCACUCUGUAGCUAUGGAUGUCACUUACACACAAGUACCUUUAACGCGCUACUUAAAAACUAGAAGAACUGACGUCAUAGGAUUGAUAAAUAAAGAGAGACCUCUCAUCCCAGAAGUUAUCAAAAAUAUAGACGAUAAAAGAUUACAAAAAGGAGAACUACUCUCCUGGCAAAGCGGAGAUAUCUCCAUCAUAUCCUGGAAAGACGCUGAACUAACCUCUAUAGUGUCUACGUACCACAAACCAGAUAUGGUAUUAGUCGCGCAGAAUAGCUUAAGCCAUAUGCUACCUAGAAUACCUUUGGCUCUCCACGAUUACAAUAAAUGUAAUGUCGAUAAUAAAAAGAUGUCCUACACUAUGGAGCGAAAGAGAGGACUCAAAUGGUACAUUAAGAUUUUCCGCAGAUUAUUAAACUCCAGCAUUCUAAACGCGUAUGUUCUUUACCAGUCUAACUGUACUUCUAAGCCUAUAAGCCAUAGGAAUUUUCGCUACGAUUUAGCUGAAAACUUAGCAGUCCGUUAUGGGAUUACUAAAGUGACUACCCAGCCAGUUUCAAGAGGUAACGAAAUUCGGUUAGAUGGUAAGAACGACCAUUACCCGACGCACACAGAAAUGCCGACAGGUAAAAACAGGAGGAGCCGGCGACGAUGCCACCGUUGCCAAGCUCUUGGGCGUCGUAGCCAAGUGACUAUCAUGUGCUCCAAGUGCCAAGUGGGUCUGUGUGUCGGACAGUGUUGGAAGGAGUAUCAUACGCUUAAGCGCUUGAAUAAAGAUAAGCCUAAGAAAAAGGGGAAACUUCGCAGAUAAGUGGCUUUAUAUU